GUAUCAACCUAUAUUUUAUACUUUAAUUUCUGAUAAUUUUAUUUAAAAUUAUCUGUCCCUAUUAUGCAAUAUGGAUAUGCUAUGGUCGACUGUAAUAUGUAACUACGUGUUCGUGAUGUCAGUGCUAGCCCUGUAUCUGGGGCGGCUGGUAGUUAUAACGCUGGUGGAGGAUCAGCCGCCAAGCUUCGCGAUACCUCGACUGCUAUUCAUGUUGGCUGUGGCCAUUUUGGUGGAAAGGCGGGCUGGCUAUACAUCCUGCAUGUCCCGUCCUGUAUCCCUCCUCUACGAGGUCAUUAUAACAAUUCUGAUGUGUAACCUCGCCCUAACUCUAGUCUGGGACCAAGUGGAGAAGAUAGUGCACCUCUUUUUGAGCCAUGCUGCUAUGAUUGUCGAGACUAUACUGGGCUGUACUAUUGUCUGUCCAAAAUGCAAGGGUGUACAUGGACUACAGUUCGCCGUUACUCUCAUCAUAGCCAUCCUGGUGCUGUGCUGGGUUUUGUACUCGGUCACCACCUACGCUUUGUUUGAAAAGACUGUGAGGCAGUGUAUGUACAUGCAGCCACUUCAACUGCGGUUUUGCUCCAUGGUACAGGUGAGGUACAUCAACCCAGAGACUCACACCACAGAGUGCCCCCUAGUGGAGCAACUGAACGCACCCAGAGACGACGGAAAAAAUCCCGUCAUCGAUCCCCAAAAAUUUGAAAUUAUUGGUCACUGUGAAUAGUUAAUUAAAUAUUCUGUAAUAACAUA